AUGAGUUUCUUUAGUUUUGGUCAAAAUGCUGAAAUCGAUGUAGUGCUAAAUGAUGCUGAGACCAGAAAGAAAGCCGAGCACAAGACUGAAGAUGGAAAGAAGGACAAAUACUUUCUUUUCUAUGACGGGGAAACUGUUGGUGGAAAGGUGAAUGUGACACUGAAAACCCCGGGCAAGAGGCUGGAGCACCAAGGCAUCAAAAUCGAGUUUGUGGGGCAAAUAGAGCUAUAUUAUGACAGAGGAAACCAUCAUGAGUUUGUCUCUCUGGUAAAAGAUCUCGCUCGACCGGGUGAGAUUACCCAGUCCCAGACCUUUGACUUUGAGUUCACUCAUGUUGAAAAACCUUAUGAAUCAUAUACCGGACAGAAUGUAAAGUUAAGAUAUUUUCUUCGGGCCACUGUGAUCAGAAGACUGAACGACAUCAGUAAAGAGCUGGACAUUGUGGUGCACACACUGAGCACAUACCCUGAGUUGAACUCUUCUAUCAAGAUGGAAGUUGGCAUUGAAGACUGCCUGCACAUCGAGUUUGAGUACAACAAAUCCAAGUACCAUCUCAAAGACGUAAUUGUGGGUAAAAUCUAUUUCUUGCUGGUGAGGAUCAAAAUAAAACAUAUGGAGAUUGACAUCAUCAAGCGGGAGACCACUGGAACAGGCCCCAGUGUGUACCAUGAAAAUGACACCAUCGCAAAGUACGAGAUUAUGGACGGUGCACCAGUCAGGGGUGAGUCCAUCCCAAUUCGAUUGUUUCUGGCUGGUUACGACCUCACUCCCACCAUGAGAGACAUCAACAAAAAGUUCUCUGUGCGAUAUUACCUGAAUCUGGUUCUUAUAGAUGAAGAGGAAAGACGAUACUUCAAACAGCAAGAGAUCACAUUGUGGCGAAAGGGCGACGUGGUGAGGAAAAGCAUGUCUCAUCAGGCGGCCAUUGCCUCUCAGAGGUUUGAGGGCUCCGCUGCCUCAGAGAGUGCGCUGGAGCAGGCUGCCAAAGAGGAAAGUGGGUAA